AUGGCGGUGGUAACUGAGGUGAAGACACGGGUUGUUGGUACUGCGGGCGAAAAGACACAACACUUACAGUCUGAUGGUGGCCGAGAAAACACGACAGUCGUUGUCACCAUCUGUGCUGAUGGAACGUCGCUCCGUCCCGUGGUCAUCUUCAAAGGCAAGAAGUUCGACCUUGACUGGAACCAGGAGAACCCUACAGAAGCAUCACUUGGUCACCAAGGCAAGGGUUGGAUUGACAGCGAGCUAGCGGUGCAUGUGCUUGAGGACUAUGACAAACAGACUGCGGAAAAAGCGGCCGGAAGAACACGCAUCUACAUCGUCGACGGCCACAUCUCCCAUCACACGCUUGAGUUCAUCAGGCUGGCACGGCGAUGUCGGAUUCAUGUGCUGUGCUAUCCAUCUCAUGCAACACAUGUGUAUCAAGGCCUAGAUGUCGUGAUAUUCAGCAUACUGAAGCGGUUCUGGACAGAAGAGAAGAAUGCUUACAUUCGCGAGAAGCGUCAGAAGAUUGGGAAGCACAACUUCCUCCAGAUCUAUGGUCGUGCGCACCAACGGGCUCUCACUCCUGUCAAUAUCAGGUCAGCCUUUCGGAAAACUGGGGUCUGGCCUGUUGACCGGAACGCCAUCUCGCAGUCACAACUGCUUCCCAGCCUCGAAACAUCCUCGCGAGGCACACUUCCCAUUCCACCAAGCACACCUGUCCGCUUGGUAAGUGAAGUAAUGCGAGAAGUCCAUCGCCAGGCAAAACGUCCCCGUUCGCCAACCCCCGAGUCAGAGGCAGGGUCUUCACAGCCACAAGCACCACAGCUAGCGUUGAGCACAUACCUUCAAACUAGCAUGCAGACACUGCGGCAGACAUCAUCCUCAUUUGUUGUCACCUCCUCAUCACCGGUCCGCGCAUCCCUCUCCCCUCCUCGUCUUCCCACAGUCUUGAUAUCGCCCGAAAAGGAACGUGUUAGUCGUUAUGCGGACGUGCUUUGCCAAGUACCCAGUACUAUUCUCGAAGAAGAGCUGCAGAAUGCGGUCAAGGAACUGCUACGAGAGAACAAGCGACAGAAGACGGAACUCAUCCAGAUGCAAUCAGCCCAGGUUCUGAAUGGCGGAUACAUCCGUCAAGUGCGGGGUCAACUUGCUGCGCAGCAGGAGCGAAAAAAGAAUAAGCAAAAAGGACGGCUCAUCGGAGAUGGAUUGCCGCGGCUACUCACAUCGACAGAAUACACGCAGUAUUGCGCAGAGACAGUGGCCGUAAACGAAGAAAAGGCGCAACAAACAGAGUCUCGUAAGGCAACAAAAAAGACACGUGGCGAGGUGCUGGCCCAGUGGAAGAAUCUCGAAGAGGGCCGCAAAGCCGAGAACAAGAGGAUCCGGGCAGAAUAUCAGGCUGAGGUGGCGGAGUGGGAGAGGGAGAAGGAGGAGCUGAAGGCCACUGGUGGUCGUCAGACAAGGAUGAAGCCCAUGUUGAAGGGCAGAUUGGUUCCCGCAAUUCCUAGGCCUGCCGUCUUGACGCGUUCGAUGGGAAGCACGAAGGAUUCGAUCGAGGAUCCGAUCGAGGAUCCUGAGGCCGACAACAAUGACAUCGUGCCUGGCCAUGAUGCUGAGAAUGAGAUGGGAGGUUCGUCGAGUAGCGGAGAGGACAUUGAUGAGGAUGAUCCAGAGGAUGGCGCUGAUGAGAUGAGCUCAAGCAACGAUGCUGAUUCGGACGUUGAAUGGAAUUGA